AUGGCAAAAGUUGAUGUUAUACAUGAUUAUGAAAAAACUCUCCGCAAGGACAGUUUGGAGACUGUAGACGGAGAUUCCGUUGAUGUGAAUGAGACUAAUGAAAAGAGAAAAUACUCUAAAUCAACCAUAAUCCUAAGUUUAGUAAUCGGUCUUUUCGCUAUAUGGAUUAUUAUAGUAUCUGCUAUUGCAAUCCAUAGAAGGAUUCACCACAAGAACGAGUUAACAAGCAGUUCGGUCUUUGACAUUAUUGUGGAACAUGCGCAGUAUGAUGUGCAAGAUUUGCAAGACGUUGUGUACGAUGAACCGAUCUAUGAGGAUAUGAGAGGGAUUAGUCCGAUGGAGGACAAUAGUGGACACAUUUACGAUGAAGUUGUACCUAUGGAAAAUGGACAUGUGACCGUGCCAGACCCGCAAACUCAUGAUAAACAAGAUGACUCCAGCGAAGAAGAUUCACCAUGCUACGCCACCGAUUCAUUUGACAAUUCUCUAUACGACGUUCCAAAGCACCCAGUACCUGUAAAACAAGAAGCCGGAAUCAGAGGAGGAAACGGAGCCAUUGUGAAGUCUCCAAGAGUACAGAAGAAGCCUGUGUUAUCUCCAGACAAUGACUCAACGGUUGAAGUAUCUGGUCCCAGGACAUACAUCCAAAACCCCGAGUUUGAAGACUCCUUUUACCUCCCAAUUGACCAGAGGUGCUACAAAAUGAGUUACUCUAGGAGCAUCCCAGAAACCGGUUACUCGUGCAGGUUUAUAGCAAAGGCCGCGAGGAUUCCAAAUGCAUCUGAAAGACCAGAAGUAUACAGGACAAUGUACUACUGGAUCUUCCAAAAGGGCAGUGAGUACUACAUUCACCACGCUGGGCCGUAUGACGGAGACCACCUCAUCAACAUCCACGAAAAAGACUUUAGCGAUGACGGCAGGGGCUCAUUUACCCUGGCUGGUAUGUCGGACGUCCGGGACAUGGAGAAAAAGGCGGCGGAAGGAAAGAUCACACGUAGAUACCUCAAUAUAAACAAGAGAACGGCCAACUUUAGGAAUAUUAACGAUUUGUACAGUAUGUUCAGGAUGAAGGAGAGGAUUUAUAAGGAAACUUACGGGGACGAGGCUCAUAAUGGCAACAAAACGACCAGCAGGUACAGUAGGAGGGUUAUCGAACUUUCAAACUGCCUCUACUCCCUUUAA